CAAUAUCAUAAAAUAAUUUUGUUUACAAAUAAAAAGUACUUUAUAUUAAACAUUUUAUAAUUAUUUUUAACAAAAUUUAGAGUUUAUUUAACAUGUCUAUAAAAAAAUGUUGUAGUUUGUGUUGUAAUACUUGUGAAGAAUAUAAAUUAUUGCAAAAUGAAUCGGGCGAAAGUAAUGAAAUCUAUGAUAUUACAGUAAAAUAUUUUGAUCCCAUGCUACUCACAGAAGAAAUCGCUUCCGACUCGCAACAUAAUCAGGUGCUCUGUCAGAGCUGUUGGUUUCACAUCGAAGAGUUUCAUGAAUUUCAACAAACUGUAUUGAAAACGCGUAUGCUAUGGGAAGACACGGUAGUAAUGGGAAAACAAUUACCCUUAGAAGUAAAACAAGAAGAUGAACAGCCAUAUGUUAGUACAAACUAUAAAGAUGAAGAACGUUUCUACAGCAAUGAAGACGAAGACGAUGAUGAUGAUGAUGAAGACUACGAAGACCAGUGUGAUGAAAUGGAAAAUGUUAAUUUCAAUACAGAAUCCUUAACAAGCAGUGAGGAUACUAAACCAGCUGAAGAUAAAUCUAAAGUAACUCAAGAUGCAGCAACUGAGGAAGGGGAAAAUAACAAUAAGGAGGACUUAGGAAAACCUGCCAAACCGAGACGUGGCAGAAAACCUAAAAACCUAACAGAAAUAGAUGGAAAAAAGGAAAAAAGAAAAAAAUCUCCAUCAAAGGAUAACGCUACGAAAGAGAAAGGCAGCUCGGCCUUUAAUAUGGUAAAAGCUAAAAAGUCGGAUGAUUUUAUAGCCGAAUGGAAACCAGAACUAAUGUGUGAUUUAUGCAGUGAAACCGCUACAAAUUACGAUAAACUACGCAGUCAUUUUAGGGAGAAACACAAAACAAGAUUCUAUAUUAAAUGCUGUGAACGGAAAUUCUUUCGUCGUUGCGUUCUCGUCAAUCACAUACAAUUGCAUCUUAAUCCGGAAACUCACAAGUGUGAUAUAUGCGGCAAGUCCAGCACAACAAAACAUAAUCUUAAAUUGCAUAAAAAAGUCAUGCAUCAAGACACAAAACAAUUAAAAUGUGAUAUAUGCGAAAAGCUCUUCAAACAAAAAGUUACCUUAGAUAGACACUUGCUUACGCAUGCCACCGGCAGCAAGGAUUUUGUCUGCACCGAAUGUGGUAAGGGUUACGUUGCAGAACAAUUACUUAAGCUACACAUUAAACAUGUACAUAAUGUUGAUCGUGUUUGCGAUCAGUGUGGCAAAACUAUUCAUGGUUUUCAGGCUCUCAAAAAACAUCUUAUGGAACAUGCUGGUAUUGAACGUCCCACAUUUACUUGUGAUGUUUGUGGCCUUGAAUUAAAGUCAAUGAAUGGUUUAAAACGUCACAAGGCUGCCUAUCAUAAUGAUGGUUCGACGAUAUAUGUUUGUGGUGUUUGCGGUAAAGUGGCCUCUAGUGAAAAUGCUUUGUAUAAUCAUAAAAAACUAGUACACAUUGAGGAACGUAAACACAAGUGUACAUAUUGUGAUAAGGCAUUUAAACGUCCGAAAUCCUUGCGCGAACAUAUAGCAACUCAUACGGGACAAGAUCUCUAUCAGUGUCCCCACUGUCCGCAAACAUUCAAAGUGAGUGCCAAUAUGCAUCAUCAUCGCAAGAAAGUUCAUCCGGUUGAAUGGGAAGAGGGACGUAAAAAUCGUCUACAAAUACCUAAAAUUAAUAUUAGUCAAGUUAAGAAACAAGUUGUAUUUUUGUGUUGCAAGACAUACAGUGAAUAUAAAUUGUUGCAAAAUGAAGUGGGAGAUAGAAAUGAAAUCUAUGAAAUUACAAUCAAAUAUUUUGAUCCCAUGUUGUUUACAGAAGAAACAAAUCCUCAAUAUGAACAAGAAAUUAAAGUACUCUGUCAGGAUUGUUGGUUACACAUUAAUGAUUUUCAUGAAUUUCAACAAAUGGUUAUUACCACCAGAAGUGCUCUGGAGAAAAGUUAUACGAUAAAGCAAUUAGAAUUGGAUAUAAAAGCAGAAAUUGUUCAAGAUGAUACAAUUCUCUGGGCUGAUAAAGAAACCAUUGAUAACAGUGAGAAGGAGGAAUAUUUUGAAAAUGUGAUAAAUGAUGAUAAUUCUUAUAAUUUGACAGCAGAUACUAGCAUAAGAAAUGAAGAAGAUAAUAAUGAUGAUGACGGUCUUCUUAUGCCAUUAAUAACUCUAACAAAAGGAACUAAUGAACAAAAUAAAAAUAGUGAAAAUGAACUGAAUAAUUUAAAUAAUGAGAAAAAUCAUUUGGAGAAAGAAAAACCUCUAAAAACACUUAGAGAUAGAAAGCCAAAAAAUUAUUCGGAAAAGGCUUUAAAAUAUAACAUCACAAAUAAAUCGAUCCCAAGUGAAAGCAGCAAAAAUCUAGAAUUAGCAGAUAAUUCAAAAAAAGUCCCAAUCAGUAAAAUAGAAAAAAGCAUAGAAAUGGAUAAAUUUAUAGCAAAAUGGAAGCGAACAUUAGAAUGUGAUUUAUGUCUUAAAACUUGUAAAACAUUUAUGGUAUUAGAAAAGCAUUUUAAAGCGAAGCAUAAAACUAGAGGUUAUAUUAGAUGUUGUAAGCGUAGAUUGUACAGUCGUUAUGAAUUGGUCAAUCACAUACGUUGGCAUCAAAAUCCCGAGAUGCAUAAAUGUGAUAUCUGCGGUAAAACCACAACGAAUCAAUAUACUCUUAAGACACACAAGAAAAUUAUGCACGAAAACUCAGAGAAGUUUGUGUGCAAUGUCUGCCACAAAAUUUGCAAACGAAAAUCCAAUUUAGAACGACAUAUGCUGAGACAUGUUAAGGGUAGUAAAGAUUUUGUAUGUCAAGAAUGUGGCAAAGCCUAUGUACAUGAGAUUCAGCUUAAAUAUCACAUCAAGUCUUUACACAACGCACAAGAUCAUAUGUGCGGCAAAUGUGGCAAAACUAUACACGGCGCCGUAGCUCUAAGGAAACAUUUAAAGGAACAUGAUGAUAUUAACAAACCUAAAUUUCCUUGUGAUCAAUGUAGCAAGGUGCUUAAUUCACGUUAUAAUCUAAAAUGUCAUAUUGAAUCAUUCCAUAAUGAUGGUACGGCAAUUUAUGUUUGUGGUAUAUGUGGCAAAGUUGCUUCUAAUGAGAAGGCUCUAUUAUACCACAAGAAAAAUGUCCACGAAGAACGAAAACAUAAGUGUACCUAUUGUGAAAAGGCAUUUAAUAAGCCGCAUUUGUUACGUGAACACAUUGCCACUCAUACCGGCCAGCAUCUUUAUCAGUGUCCUCAUUGUCCGAAAACAUUUCAAAAGAGUCGCAAUAUGACUUAUCAUCGCAAGAAAGUUCAUCCGGUGGAAUGGGAAGAGGUUAUAAAGAAUCGUUUAGAAGUGCCUAAAAUUAAUAUGAAUCAAGUUAAAUAUCAAGUUCUCUUGACAGGAGAAACAAAUCCUCAAUAUGGAGAAGAAAUUAAAGUUCUCUGCCAGUAUUGUUGGUUACACAUUAAUGAUUUUCAUGAAUUUAAACAAACUGUUAUUACCACCAGAAUUACUUUGGAGAAAAGUUAUACGAUAACGCAAUCGGAAUUGGAUAUAAAACCAGAAAUUGUUCAAGAUGAACCAAUUCUCUGGACUGAUAAAGAAAUCAUUGAUAACAGUGAGAAGGAGGAAAGUUUUGAGAAUGUUUUCAUAAAUUAUGAAGAUAAUUCUUAUAAUUUGACAGCAGAUACCAGCACAAUAAAUGAAGAUGAUAAUAAUGAUGACGGUCUUCUUAUGCCAUUAAUAACAAAAGUAACUAAUGAACAAAAUAAUAAUAGUGAAAAUGAACUGAAUAAUUUAAAUAAUGAGAAAAAUGAUUCGGAGGAAGAAAAAUUUGCAGACAAUGCAAAAAAAGGCCCAAUCAGUAAAAUUGAAAAAAGCAUUGAAAUGGAUAAAUUUAUAGAAAAAUGGAAACGAAAUUUAGAAUGUGACUUAUGUCGUAAGACCUGUAAAACCUUUAAGACAUUAGAAAAACACUUUAAAGAGAAACACAAAACUAAAGCUUAUAUUAGAUGUUGUAAGCGUAAAUUGUAUAGUCGUUAUGAAUUGGUCAAUCACAUACGUUUGCAUCAAAAUCCCGAGAUGCAUAAAUGUGAUAUCUGUGGUAAAACCACUACGAAUCAAUAUACUCUUAAGGCACACAAGAAAAUUAUGCACGAAAAAUCGGAGCAGUUUAUCUGCAAUAUCUGCAACAAAAUUUGCAAUCAAAAAUGCAAUUUAGAACGACAUAUGCUGAGACAUGUUACGGGUAGUAAAGAUUUUGUAUGUCAAGAAUGUGGCAAAGCAUAUGUACAUGAAGUCCAGCUAAAAGCUCACAUCAAGACAAUACACAACGUAGAUGGUAAGAUUAAAAGACCUAAAUUUCCUUGUGACCAAUGUGGCAAGGUGCUUAAUUCGCGUUAUAACUUAAAAAGUCAUAAUGAAUCAUUCCAUAAUGAUGAUACAAUUUAUGUGUGUAGUAUAUGUGGCAAAGUUGCUACUAAUGAGAAGGCUCUAUUAAAACACAAGAAAAAUGUCCACGAAGAGUGUCGAAAACAUAAGUGUACUUAUUGCGAUAAGGCAUUUAAGAAGCCGAAGUUAUUACGUGAACAUAUAGCAACUCAUACCGGCCAGGAUCUUUAUCAAUGUCCUCAUUGUACGGAAACAUUUAAAAAUACUCAUAAUAUGACUUAUCAUCGCAAGAAAGUUCAUCCGGUGGAAUGGGAAGAGGUUAUAAAGAAUCGUUUAGAAGUGCCUAAAAUUAAUAGUAAUCAAAUGUCCAUUAAACGAUGUUGCAGUUUGUGUUGCACGGCAUGCAGUGAAUAUAAAUUAUUGCAAAAUGAAGUGGGAGAUAGUAAUGAAAUCUAUGAAAUUACAGUCAAAUAUUUUGAUCCCAUGCUGCUUACAGAUGAAACAAACCCUCAAUAUGAACAAGAAAUUAAAGUACUCUGUCAGGAUUGUUGGUUACACAUUAAUGAUUUUCAUGAAUUUCAACAAAAUGUUAUUACCACCAGAAAUUCUCUAGAAACAAGUCAUACGAUAAAGCAAUUGGAAUUGGACAUAAAAACAGAAAAUAUUCAAGAUGAUACAACUCACUGGGCUGGAAAAGAAAAUAUUGAUAACAGUGAAGACGAGGAGGAGGAAGAAAGAAGUUUUGAAGAUGUUUUCAUAAAUGAAGAAGAUGAUUAUGAUAAUUUGGCAGCAGAUAAUACUGGCUCAAUAAAUGAAGAUAAUAAUUAUGAGAUUGAUGAUGAUGAGCAGCCCUUAACAACACUAACAAAAAUAGCCGAUGAACAAAAUAAAACUAGUGAAAAUGGACUGAAUAAUUCAAAUAAUGAGGAAAAUCAUUUGGAAGAAGAAAAACCUAAAACGCGUAGAGGUAGAAAAACCAAAAAUUAUACGGAAAACGCCUUAAAAGAUGAUCUCACAAAUGAAAAACUUCCUAGCAAAAGAAGAAAAAAACUAAAUUUAUCACAGGACGGCAAAAAAGAUACAAUCAGUAAUAUAGAAAAAGGUAUAGAAUCGGAUAAAUUUAUAGCAGAAUGGAAACCAGAAUUAGAAUGCGAUCUAUGUGGUAAAACUAGUAAAUCCUUUCAAGAAUUACGACAGCAUUUUAAAGAGCAGCAUAAAACGAGAGGCUACAUUAGAUGUUGUGAGCGUAAAUUUCACCGUCGUUAUGUAUUAGUGGAUCAUAUUCGUUUGCAUCUAAAUCCUGAAAUGCAUAAAUGUGAUAUUUGUGGUAAACCCAGUUCGAGUCAAUACAAUCUUAAGUUACACAAGAAAAUUAUGCACGAAAGUACAGAGCAAUUCGAGUGUGAGGUGUGUCAUAAAAUGUUUAACCAAAAACCUACUUUGGAACGCCAUAUGUUGACGCAUGUUACUGGCAGUAAAGAUUUUGUUUGUCAAGAAUGUGGCAAAGCCUAUGUACUUGAAGUCCAGCUAAAAUCUCACAUCAAGACAGUACAUAACGUAGAUCGCGUCUGUGAUCAAUGUGGCAAAACUAUACACGGUGUAGCUGCUCUAAAGAAACAUCUUAUGGAACAUGCCGGUAUUAAAAGACCAAAAUUUCCUUGUGAUCAAUGUGGCACCGAACUGAAUUCACGUAAUUCCUUAAGACGUCAUAUUGAAGCAUUCCAUCAUGAUGGUACGACUAUUUAUGUGUGUGGUAUUUGUGGUAAAGUUGCUACCAGUGAAACUGCUCUAUUAACACACAAGAAAAAUGUCCACGAAGAAGAACGAAAACAUAAGUGCACCUACUGUGAUAAGGCAUUUAAGAGGCCUAAGGUAUUGCGCGAACAUAUAGCGACACAUACGGGUCAGGAUCUGUAUCAGUGUCCUCAUUGUCCGCAAACAUUUAAAGUUAGUGCCAAUAUGCAUCAUCAUCGCAAGAAGGUACAUCCGGUGGAAUGGGAAGAGGGUAGAAAGAAUCGUUUACAAGUACCAAAAGUUAAUAUUAAUCAAGUUAAAAAUCAAUUAAUUGCAGAAAAUAAAGUCGGAAGCAAUGACAUCGAUGAAAUAAAGAUACUUUGCCAGGAAUGUUGGCUACACAUCAAAGAUUUCCAUGAAUUCCAGACCACUGUUGUACACACAAGAAAUCUACUACAAGAGAAAUGUAAUAUCAUUCAAUUAACGGUGGAAAUUAAAGAGGAAGAUGAGCUGGAUAAUGAGCCUUUAUGUAGGGUUAAAGAAGAUGUUAUCUUUAAAAGUGAUGACGCUGCUAAUAUCAAAAACGAAAAAGUUGAAAGUGAUAAUGACGACUUUGAAGAUAAUGCCAUGUCCAUAAAUUAUGAUGAUGAUCAUCAUGUUGAAAUUGCAGAAUUUUUAAUAAAAUCCGAUAGUUCUGAAGAUAACGAAAGCAAUGACUUGAAAUCAUCUGGCAAAAAGACAAAACAAACUAAAUCCCGCAGAGGCCGAAAACCCAAACCAGUUACAGAAAAAUCUGAUAAUCAAAAUGAUAAAAAAGGUAAGGAAGCCGAUAUGCUUAUAGCUGAAUGGAAACCAGAGUUGGAAUGUGACUUGUGUGGUGUUUUUGAAACUGACUUUUUAAAAUUACGCACACACUUCAAAACUACACACAAUACUAGAUGUUAUAUUAAAUGCUGUGGGAAAAGGUUUUUUCGUCGUUAUUUGCUGGUUGAUCACAUACGUUUCCAUUUAGAUCCCGAUACACAUAAAUGUGAUAUUUGCGGCAAAACUAGUUCUAGUCUAACUAAUCUUAAGCUACACAAGAAAACCAUACACGAAAAUACCGAACAAUAUGAAUGUGAGGUGUGUCACAAAUUGUUUACGCUGAAACCCUCCUUAAAACGUCAUAUGCUACAACAUGAAACGGGUAGUAAAGAUUUCGCUUGCCAAGAAUGCGACAAGGCUUUUGUCUCGGAAUUUCAAUUGAAAGAACAUACACGUGCCGUACAUAAUAAUGACUGGAUAUGUGAUCAGUGUGGCAAGACAAUACAUGGCAAAGCGGCACUUAAGCAACAUUUAUUGGAACAUACUGGUUAUAAGAAACCCAAAUUUCCCUGUGAUCAAUGUGGUGCUGAACUUCAUUCACGCAGCUCUCUAAAACGUCACUUUUUAGCAUUACACGAUAGUUCAAACGAAUAUGUUUGUAGCAUAUGUGGUAAAGUAUCGGCCAGCAAGAGUACUCUCUUAGCUCAUAAGAAAAAUGUUCACGAAAAGGAACGUAAACACAAGUGUACAUAUUGUGAUAAGGCAUUUAAAGAACCUAAAGUAUUGCGUGAACAUAUAGCUUCGCACACCGGUGUAGAAUUGUAUCAGUGUCCACAUUGCCCUCAAAGAUUUAAAGUUAGUUCGAAUAUGCAUCAUCAUCGUAAGAGAGUACAUCCUGUGGAAUGGGCAGAGGGAAGAAAGAAUCGUUUUAUGAAACAAGUGGAUAGCAGUGGAGUUAAGAAUCAAGUUUUAAUUUAAUUUAUCUAUCUGUAAGUUGUAGUUAAUUUAAUUAAAAUAAAAUAUCAUUAUUUUGAGUCAUCCUACUCUUCAUUUUGA